AUGUAUAAGCGCGAAAAGAGUGAUCUAGCUAGCCUUCUUCUCCCUGUUCCGGAUGAAUUUGAGGCAAAUGGGAAUUAUGCACUAUAUAGAAUGGCUUCUAGCAAAAAAGGUCAAAUGGGAUUGGAUUACAUGAUGAGUACUGAAAUUGGAAAAAAUGACUAUGAUUGGUUGAAAACGCCACCGGCUACGCCUUUAUUUCCAUCUCUUGACAUGGAAGCCAAUGCUCCAGAACUAGUCAUUCAGAAGGAGAUCCCAAUUAUUCAACCUGUUAUUACUCUAUCAAGGUUUGCAGGAGGAGCUAAAAUAAGAAGUACUCUUAUAAGAUCUUCAUCACCUAAUCAAAAGCCAAAAAUAGACACAAAAAACUCAACACAAAUUGGAAAACAAAAUGUGUCAUCAAUAGAGAAGAAGAACACAAGAUUUGCAACCACAACAAUGAUCAAAUCCAAUACUAGCAAUGAUCAUAAAGAAAGAUCAAACACAUUGUCAUCAAGUGCAACAAGAACAACCAAGCAAAAAGAUUCAAGUCUUAAUUUUUUAGCUUCCAAUUUAUCAAAAACAAUGGGAACUGAGUCGUCUUUGAGUACCACUAGGCCUAAAAGCAGGGGAGUGUCCCCUGCUGGUAGACCUAAAAGCAGGGGAGAGUCCCCUGCUGGAAGGCCAAAAAUCCUGGGAGCUCAGUUCCCAGGAUUUUCUGAUGAAACUCCACCUAAUCUCAAGACAGAUCGGUCCCUGUCAGCAAACAGGGGCCGGCCUAACCAAUCAACUAACCAAAGACCAGGAUCAUCAUCACCAUCAUCGUCCUUUUCUUCAACGUCAAUACCUUCUACAAAACCAAUAAAACGACAAUCUUGUUCACCCAGUGUAACGCGUGGACGAAAACAAGAGAUUAGUACAAGUAGUACAAAUAUUCAACAGGGGAAUGGCACAACACAAGUUCUUGGUAGCAAAAUGGUUGACAAGUUCAUGAAUGCUAGGAAGUCAAUUCAUGAAGAGAAGGCAAAAUUGACUAGUUCAAUGAAUGAGAGCUCAGGUUUUGGAAGGCACAUUUCAAGAAUUUCAGCAAAUAUGGCUCACAAGCACAUGGAAAUCCAUCAAGACACUGGUAAUUCUAGCAAAAAUGGCACAAUUACUGGGAGAAAAUCUUCAAAUAUUAGAGGCAGUAAAAUCCCUAGUGCAUAA